AGCGGUUGUUGCAGUCAAACAGGUCCGGGUGGCAGAGCGGAAACCAAAAAUGUCUAAACAGCCGCAGCCGAUCAGCCCGCUGAAGAACUUCUUCGCCGGGGGGUUCGGGGGAGUCUGCCUGGUGUUCGCCGGACAUCCACUGGACACCAUUAAAGUGCGUUUACAAACUCAGCCCAAACCCAAACCUGGAGAGAAACUCAUAUACGGUGGAACUAUCGACUGUUUCAAGAAGACUUUGGCCAAAGAGGUGAAGUAUGCUGGACCCAUGGACUGCGUCAAACAGCUGUACAGGGAGUUUGGGAUCAGAGGAGUCUACAAAGGCACAGCUCUGACUCUCAUGAGAGACGUUCCAGCCAGCGGGAUGUACUUCAUGUCCUACGAGUGGCUCAAGAAUCUCCUCACGCCUGCAGGAAAAAGGUCAAUAUUAAUACCUGCUGGUUUAAAGGAGCUUUUACAGGGAUACGCUGUGGAGGUGCUUCGCUGCAGGCCUCCAAACCUGGUGGCAUUUGCAGUGCAGCAUUUUACACAACUUCUGGAAAACCAAAGGAACCAGCGAGCCAAGAAACACAAACCAGUGAGAAAAGAAGUCUCGUUUGAGGCAAACAAGUCCCCAAAGGAUGAUGGAGAGGAGGAGGAGGAGGAGGAGGAAGAAGACAUUAGUGAGCCUCUGGGUUUUAAACUGGCUCUCCCUGCUGCAGUUUGUGCAGAGGCCUACAACCCUGAUGAUGAUGAGGAUGAAGACACGGAGCCUCGGGUUGUGUAUCCCAAAACAGACGAGCAGCGACGCAGACUUCAGGACGCCUGCAAAUAUAUUUUACUCUUUAAAACUCUGGAGGGGGAGCAGUUUUCUGAGGUUCUGGACGCCAUGUUCGAGGUGCUGGUGAAACCUCAGGAGCACAUCAUCGAUCAGGGAGAAGACGGAGACAACUUCUACGUCAUAGAGAAGGGUGUGUAUGAUAUUUUUGUGAAGAAGGAUGGAAGGGAUUUGUGUGUUGGAAAGUACGAUAACAAGGGGAGCUUCGGUGAGCUGGCUCUGAUGUACAACACUCCACGAGCUGCCACCAUCGUCGCUACGCAGGACGGCGCCCUGUGGGGCCUGGAUCGAGCCACGUUUCACAGACUGAUCGUGAAAAACAACGCAAAGAAAAGGAGGAUGUACGAGGCCUUUAUCGAGUGUGUUCCUCUUCUGAAGUCUCUCGAGCUGUCUGAGAGAAUGAAGAUCGUUGAUGUUUUGGGAGCACGUGUGUUCAAAGAUGAAGAGCGAGUGAUAACACAGGGGGAUCAGGCCCACUGCUUCUACAUUGUGGAAUCUGGAGAGGUGAAGAUAAUGAUUAAAAGCAAAACGCAGGCCAGCCAGCAGGACAGUGUGGAGGUUGAGGUGGCUCGCUGCACCAGGGGGCAGUAUUUUGGAGAACUUGCGCUGGUCACCAACAAACCUCGAGCAGCUUCAGUUUACGCGAUUGGAGAAACCAAAUGCUUAGUCAUCGACAUCCAGGCGUUUGAGCGUUUGCUGGGCCCCUGUAUGGAUAUCAUGAAGAGGAACAUCUCCCAGUAUGAAGACCAGCUGGUGGCGCUGUUCGGCUCCAGUGUGGACUUGAAACACUAGUUUAUGAAAAUUAUAAAUCAGCAGGUUAAACAUAGUAGGUUCUGCAUGUAACAUGUGAUCAUCUUCCCCACGAGGUAAGAAGGACAUAGAGACAUCUGUUUUAUAAACAGUCUUUGUACUGGUCCUGCACCAGUCUGCUGCUGACAGGUCAAUAUGUUGAAGUAGAACAAACCAUGCUUAUGAUUUUAUCACCCAAAGCAAAACUAAUGCUCGAUUACACCUGACUGAUGGAUGGAGUCAAUGUAACACAGAUGGUCUCUAUUGAGAAAGAGCUGUUCUAUUCUUGAUGAACACUCAACUUACUAUUUUGUCAUUCACAUACACAUUCAUACAGGGCAUCUACAUUGCAGCACUUUCUCUAUCACACAUCACUUGCCCAAGGACACUUCGGCAUGCGGAAAGAGGAAGACGGGUAUCAAACCACCGACCUCCUGGUUAUACGACAACCUGCCUCACCUCUAGUUAUCUCCAUUGUUCAGACAAUGGAGAUAACUAUGAGCACGCUAAUCCUCCCACCCUACAGAACAGUACACCCUCAGAUUCCUGACUGGUUGAUGAUUGCAUGAAAUGUGGUAACUUUCUAUGGAACCUUUAUUUAUACAACUCCUGGUUAAACAUUUCACCU